AGAGUUAGCGUGCGCCAUUCUUUGUUCGUCAGUCAGGGAGAAAGCAAGGACGAUGGCGAAGCUGGAGGCUGUAGGAGCAGUGCUGGUUGUGGCAGCUCUCUUUGCAGGAGCUUCGGCUGCUGUUCCCGGACCCAAUGAUCUUCGUUAUCCUGAUUACAUCGUUAAACCUCCUGUACAGUGCUCCGUCGAGGGAUCGUUUCACCAUCCAAGGAAUUGCAGUUGGUAUUAUAGAUGCGUAGACAGAAUGAAAAUCGGAUAUUUCCACGUCUUUCAUUUUGAGUGCGAACCAGGCACGGUCUUCUCCGACGACCUCGACCAGUGCGUGUUCCCCCACCUGGUUGAACCCCCUUGUGGAUCAGCAGGUCAGGGGCCAGUUACCCCAACUACCCCCCCCAAACCAGAACCCUGCAUUUUCUACGAUCAGGACUGCAAGACUGAGAAGCUGUGUUACCCGUCUGAGGAGAGGGUCUUCUGCGACAGGUGUCGUAGAGGCUCCACAACGGUCACUGCCGCCGCCUUCUGUGGAGGAGCUGGCUUGGUGUUUGACAAAGGCCUCGGGCGGUGUGUAGCUAUUCCUCCAGAAUCGCGCAAGUGCCCGCCGCCCACGCCCACGCCUGUGCCUACGCCUGAGCCCUGCAUUUUCUACGAUCAGGACUGCAAGACUGAGAAGCUGUGUUACCCGUCUGAGGAGAGGGUCUUCUGCGACAGGUGUCGUAGAGGCUCCACAACGGUCACUGCCGCCGCCUUCUGUGGAGGAGCUGGCUUGGUGUUUGACAAAGGCCUCGGGCGGUGUGUAGCUAUUCCUACAGAGUCGCGCAAGUGCCCGCCGCCCACGCCCACGCCUGAUACGUCUACAAGUGUCAACUGUGUGUUCAACGCCAGCGUCUGCGAGGAACGAGAGCUCUGUCAGCCAGAGGAAACGGUGACGUUGUGUAGACAUUGUUACUUUGGCAACACACUCAUUGACUACUGUGGCCAGAGCAAGGGAAUGAUCUAUGAUUUGGACCUCAAGAAAUGUGUAGCAGAGCCUGACGCGACGCGCCAGUGCCAGGCGAGUUCCCCCACUGGCUCCCUCACCUGCUCAUUCGACGACAGCGUGUGCGAGAAGAGGGUCCUGUGUAACCCAUCGGAAACCAAGACGUUAUGCCGACAGUGCUAUAUUGGCGAGACUCUCAUCGACUACUGUGGCCAGAGCAAAGGCCUAAUCUACGACCUGGAUCUCAAUCAGUGCGUGGAAGAACCCGGAGAUUCGAGAGUGUGUGGUGCCUCUGUGUCUGGAGAGAAUACAGUGCAAUGUUCUGAUGGGAAUACGCGCCCCGGCCACGACUGGAUUAAGAGGUUCUACUGCAGUCGAUACAACCUGUGUGGUCCGAAUAACGCAUUCAAGGAGGCAGUGAGUCUUUGUACCAACUACUACCAGUGCUACAAGAACCCAGAUGGCUCGUGGUAUGUGGAAAAGAGGAACUGUGUCGGGAACAAACUGUACAGUUUUGACAGCGAUAGUUGCGAAGACGAACCAUCAGAGGAUCAACUGUGCACCUUUUAAUUAUAUAUCUGAAAGAACCACAAGCUAACUUAUACAGUUAUCUUUUACGUGAAACUUUCAAAGAAAAAAAAAAGUAUUUUGUUGGUCAUAAUCUUACUUACAAAUCCUCUUCAUUCACUUGUGUAGUGUCCCGUUGCAUUAUAUGAAUAUUUGUGUCGCCAAAUAUUUAUUUAUGAACUCACUUUGUUUUAGAGUUUUAUUUAAUAUUUAUUGUGUACAAAUGAAAGCCUCAUAUGCACUCGAGAGGAUUCAGAUCAUGUUGAUACUUACAAAUUCAUCUUUGCAUGUCUUUAUUGUUAGAUUUUGAAUAUUGUUGUUACGUAUCUAUGUUGUUACUUAAAAUAAAAGUGCCAAAAUAAAAGUUUCAUAAAGCUG